GCUGUUCACUGUUUACUGUUCAGCGCGUGUGCGGGUCUGGAAUCUGGAUAGAGUAGAGUGUGGAACUCCGAGCCGCCGCUCCCCCGACCCCGAUCUACCAGCUUCGUGUGUGAGCACCGUGCCGCGGUGAUUCGAUUGCCCGCGCUCGCGGUUUCCGUCGUCGUCGUCGUUCUCUCAUCGUACGGCGGCCAUCGCUAGCUACUGCCGCUGGAUGGCGGUAAUAACCAGGCCCGAGGGGUAGGAGCGGUAGUUGUUUAACUGCGGCGGGCGGAGGCAAGUGGCGUGUUCCGGUGGACUGGCACUCUGACACGGUCGGUUGCUGUGCUUCGCGUCGCAUCUACCGACCCCUCACCCACAUGGAAAGCGAGGAGGUGAGCUGCAGCUGCGACGGAGACUGAGCGAGAAGCCCCCCCUCCCUCCCUCCUUCCUUCGACGUCAAGCUCCGCCCCACUCCAUGGAUUCGAUCUGGGAGGCGAGGAGCUGAGGCCAGGACAGGGGGAGGAGCUGCUGGGGGGCAGGGACAGGAUAGCGCGGCUAAGCGGCAACGGCGGCAGCCAUGAGCUGGAGACGAGGCGGAAGCGGAGGCGAUGGCGGGGUCUCGAGGAGGUGGGCCGUCCUGCUCUGCGUCGGCAGCUUCUGCCUCGGCCUGCUCUUCACCAACAGAAUGUGGACGCUGCCUGAGGCAAGUGAGAUUGCUAGGCCGAAUGCGAAUGUGGAGGAAGGCACCGUGCCGAUUGCCGCGGAGUGUGGUUCUAAAAAGGUCCAAGAAAAGCAGGAUUACAGAGAUAUUUUACAGGUUCAAGAUAGCCAUCAUGAUGUACAAACACUGGAUAAGACGAUAGCAAGCCUAGAGACAGAGCUCUCAGCUGCAAGAUCGCUGCAGGAAUCCCUGCUGAACGGCUCCCCUGUCGCGGAAGAGUAUAAAGUUUCUGAAUCAAUCGGGAGGCGAAAGUACCUUAUGGUGAUAGGGAUCAACACCGCAUUCAGCAGCCGCAAGAGGAGAGACUCCAUACGUUACACCUGGAUGCCCCAAGGUGAAAAGAGGAAAAAGCUUGAAGAAGAGAAGGGGAUCAUUAUUCGGUUCGUCAUUGGCCACAGUGCUAUAUCAGGUGGAAUUGUUGAUAGAGCAAUCGAAGCAGAGGACAGGAAGCAUGGGGAUUUCAUGAGGAUAGAUCAUGUUGAAGGGUACCUUGCAUUGUCAGGCAAAACCAAGACCUACUUUGCUACAGCUGUUUCACUAUGGGACGCCGACUUUUAUGUUAAGGUUGACGAUGAUGUCCAUGUGAACAUAGCAACGCUCGGACAGAUUCUGUCGAAACAUGCAUUGAAGCCGAGAGUGUACAUCGGAUGCAUGAAAUCUGGACCUGUCUUAUCCGAAAAGGGCGUGAGAUAUUAUGAACCCGAGCACUGGAAGUUCGGCGAAUCGGGGAACAAGUACUUCCGGCAUGCUACCGGUCAAUUAUAUGCUGUUUCAAAGGACCUGGCGACUUAUAUAUCUAUAAACAAGCAUAUCCUUCACAAGUACAUAAACGAAGACGUUUCGUUAGGAUCUUGGUUCAUCGGGCUAGAUGUUGAGCAUAUCGAUGACCGGAGGCUUUGCUGUGGCACUCCGCCUGAUUGCGAAUGGAAGGCUCAGGCGGGGAACGUCUGCGCCGCGUCGUUCGACUGGAGGUGCAGCGGCAUAUGCAACUCCGAGGGAAGGAUCUGGGAGGUCCACAAUAAGUGCGCUGAGGGCGAGAAGGCGCUGUGGAACGCCACUUUCUAGCACACACACAAAAUAAAAAAGGAAGCAGCAACAGAAGCUGCUAUAUAAUAGAUCAAACCAUUUUGGUUUGUUGUCUGUACAUUGUCCCACGGUUUGUGUGUACGUAAUUCAUUGUAGGUAGCUGCGGGUUUUUUUUUUUGGUUGUUGUUGUAACGGGCGAAAGCGGACCACCAUUUUAGGUAGUGUCUGUCAGCCGGUGCCGGUGAAGAUGAUGGAGAAGGAUAUGGUGUGAGCGGUGAUGUAUUCUUUUGUGCGGUAAAUGUGUGGAGGUGGUCAUCUUGUUGUGCCGAUCUCCUGUACUGCAUGUAUGGCUGCCGAGAUACGUGAGACCGACAAACACUUUCGUGCCAU